UUGUCUUUUAUUUAAUAGAUUGCGGCUUCUGCGAGACUGUCCAGUGAAAAUGAGAUGAAAUUUCAAGCCGCGACUCGUACUUUUUGCAAGAGGGGUUUCACCUCGAAAACUGAAGCUAAAGAGGACAGAUACUGACUGGAUGGGGGGACGCUAGAAUAACUGUUGCUGAAAAACAAACACACAUAUCAUUUGAGCAAACAUGUAUUUGCACAGGAGAAAGAGGCUUCAGUGGAAUCGAAUUGUCUUUUUCUUAACGGGAGUGCUUGUUUGCUUCGCCUACCAGCUUUCGUUCAGCCGGCGGUCAGCACCUUGGACAAGGCACGAUGACGGUGACAAUGUGGACAGCUUUCUCGACGUGGAAACCAGGGAGCUCUCAAACAAAACCACAGCUGAUGACACGACAGACCCCCCUCAAACAACAACAGAUCACACCCGGCUGACCACAGCCAGAACUACAAUAAGGCACUGUAUAGUUGUAGACCCAGAGCCAGCUAAAACCACCACGAUACCUACUACAACAACCCCAGUACCCAACACAACAGUCCUAACCAAUGCUUCCAGCACCCCACUCGAGAUCCCGCAUCGCACGAAAGGAGAAUACCCUGAGGACAUUUUCACGGUGCAGGAGCGUCGGAAAGGCUGGGUGUUCCUUCAUAUUUUUGGAAUGAUCUACAUGUUUGUGUCCCUAGCCAUUGUGUGCGACGAGUUCUUCGUCCCUGCUUUGGGGGUUAUCACCGAUAAGCUGGCAAUCUCUGAUGAUGUUGCUGGUGCCACUUUCAUGGCAGCAGGCGGCUCGGCUCCGGAGCUCUUCACCUCGCUCAUCGGGGUCUUCAUCUCGCACAGCAAUGUCGGGAUCGGCACCAUCGUGGGCUCGGCGGUGUUCAACAUUCUCUUCGUCAUCGGCAUGUGCGCCCUCUUCUCCCGGGAGAUGCUGCACCUGACCUGGUGGCCUCUUUUCCGAGAUGUAUCCUUUUAUAUCCUCGGCCUCGUCUUGCUCAUCGUUUUCUUUCUGGACAACUUCAUCAUGUGGUGGGAGAGUAUGAUGCUGCUCGGCGCUUAUGUGCUUUACGUGAUUUUCAUGAAAUACAACGUGCCGGUGGAGCACUUUUUUAAAGCGCAACUCAACAAACACAAAAGCAUUGUCAGAGUUAUCGCGCUGGAGGAACCAGGCAAGGUGAGUACAUUGACACGGGGUGGUAGCUCUGCCUCCCUCCACAACAGCACGAUGCGCAACACCAUCUUCCAGCUCAUGAUCCACACGCUGGACCCUCUGGUGGAAGGAGAAGAUAAAGGGGACGCCCCCGACCCUGUGAAUGUGCAGGUCGCCCCUCCCACAGAGCCGUCCACAUCCCAGCCAGCCAAAGAGGAAGAGAAAAAGGACCCUCCUGAAGGGAAUGAGACUCAGGAAGCGGAGGGCUCGGACGACUCAGAAGACAGCGAUGAAGAUAUCGAUGAUGAGGACAGUGAGGAAGAGGAGGAGGAGGAGGACAAGGAAGAGAAUGACAAGCCCCUGUCCCUGGAGUGGCCAGACAACAGGCGCAAGCAGGCCACCUACCUCUUCCUGCUGCCCAUUGUCUUCCCGCUGUGGCUGACCGUGCCUGACGUCCGCAAUGCGGCCUCGAAGAAGUUCUUUGCAAUGACAUUUCUGGGAUCCAUCAUCUGGAUUGCUGUGUUCUCCUACCUCAUGGUGUGGUGGGCCCACCAGGUCGGAGAGACGGUCGGGAUCUCGGAGGAGAUCAUGGGGCUGACGAUCCUGGCAGCGGGAACGUCCAUCCCUGACCUGAUCACCAGCGUCAUCGUGGCACGCAAGGGUCUCGGAGACAUGGCCGUGUCCAGCUCUGUGGGCAGCAACAUCUUCGACAUCACUGUCGGUCUGCCUGUGCCCUGGCUGAUGUACUCCUUAAUCAAUGGCUUCACCCCAGUAGCGGUGAGCAGUAACGGGCUGUUCUGCGCCAUCGUGCUGCUCUUCCUCAUGCUCCUCUUCGUGAUCUUCUCCAUCGCCAUUUGCAAGUGGAAGAUGAACAAGUUCCUGGGCUGCACCAUGUUUGCACUCUACUUCUUCUUCCUGGUGGUAAGCGUCAUGCUGGAGGACCGCAUCAUCAUGUGCCCCGUCUCCAUCUAGACACGACCCUUUCAACUAGACACGCCCCUCUCAUCUAGACACACCUCUCCUCAGUCAGGACAGCUGUGCAGAGAUCAAAAAACAAGUCUGCAAAAGGAGCCCCGCCUCAUGUGGGUAGUGUUUCUGGUUUCUGGCUGGUUGGUAGAAACUCUACCUACAGCUACGGCCUAACGUUUUGCAUCACCUAGAAUUUUAGGAUUGCGACAGAAUUAAAAGGAAA